CAGGAGACACACGGACACGACCAGUCCUAUCCGACGCCCGCGCUUUUCUGAAUAUUGCAUUCGAAUUUUUUUUUUUUAUUUUCCUUCUGUGCUAACCAGUGUUAUUGGAACUUUUUGGUUGCGAGUGUUAUAUGAUUCGCAUGGAUGUGGCACUUUUUGGCGCGAAACAAGCAGGUGGCUGUGAUGCUGGGAGUACUGGCUGCGGCCGCGUUAGUGGUGGUCCUUCUGGCAACGAAGGGCGCCAGCCUUGCGGUUGUGGAGAACCUGUCCACGGAGACGGAUGACGUCAGUAAGGAUCCCCAAGUAUUUUCCACUUACAGUCUACCAUCAGACGAUCGAUUCAUGCCAUCUAUCGGGAAUGGGCACCUGGCGACUAAUAUCUUCAGCGAUACAGUCUACAUGAAUGGUCUAUACAACGGCUUCAAAGGAGAAAGCCAUCGCGCUAGAAUUCCUUCCUGGGCGAAUAUCAGGCUAAAUUCAACUCUAACACAAAACCCUUACAGUCCUAUGUACAAUCUGGACACAAAACAUGGAGUGUUCACUGUUACUGUGGACAGAGAGAGAUCAGUUGUCACACAGAGGAUCUACGCUCACAGAUUUUAUACGAGAGCAAUUGUUAAUCAAAUACAAGUCGCCUCUAAACAUCGCCCCGAUCCAAAUUUCCUUCACCCUGAGAUAUGGAUAGCGAUAAAACUGAUGCCAGGGCCAACCAGCGUGGAUAUAGCGUUUGAAGAUCCAAUACCAGAGAUUAUAGAUGGACGUACUGUGUGGAGCGUGUGUGGUCAGACGAAGGUGUCUGAAGACCCGACCUACCAGCCACUUCCAGUUGACGUGUGCGCGUAUUGGACCUCUGUGCCAGACCAUUUAGUGGUCCCACAACAUGGGACUAGAGUGUUUACUUUCGCUAUGACCGCAGAUAAAAAUAAAACCGUCGCAAGAGAUGAACUUAUAACUGUAUUACAGACGGAUGGCGAGGAGUUGUUUGACAAGCACGUGGAACAAUGGCAACGAUUGUAUCAACAAGCAGGAGUGCAUGUUGAGGGCAACUUGCAACUGGCCAAAAUAGUAAAUGGAAUAUGGUACUAUUUUCUGAGUUCCCUGCCUGCUGAAGAGUCCCAUCAGCCACUGGACCGUUUCUUUGGUCUUAGUCCCACAGGACUCGCCAGAGGAGGCACAUUUGAUGAUUAUGAAGGUCACAAUUUCUGGGACACGGAGACAUGGAUGUAUCCCAGCAUCUUACUGCUGUACCCUCAAUAUGCGCACGCCCUGCUGCAGUAUAGACUAGAGACGGCGUAUGUCGCAGCAAACCUCGCUAGGAGCACGGGACAUAAAGGAUACAGAUUCCCGUGGGAGAGUGCGUACACAGGCACAGAAGUGACGCAGCCAUGCUGUCCGGAGGUAGCUGAGUUCGAGCAGCAUGUGUCUGGAUGCAUCUCUUUUGCUGCUCGCCAGUACCUCGCCACCACCAGAGAUGAAGAUUGGUUGAAGCAAGGCGGCUGUUCUCUGGUGACGAACAUAGCAGACUUCUGGGCAUCGCGUGCUGUCAUCAAUUACACGUCUGGCUUCUAUAAUAUCGAAAACGUGAUGGGUCCAGAUGAAGAUCACAGCAAUGUUACCAACUCUGCCUUCACUAAUGUUGUCGCCGGAUAUUCGCUGUAUUUAGCACAAUAUGUGGCAUGUCUGUGCAAGGAUUACUACAUGUCCCGAGAGCCUGAGCAUUACGCGGACAUCGCGUGGAGCCUCGCGUUGCCGUACGACGCCGAUCUCGACUACCACCCGCAGUAUACCGGCUAUACACGCGGUGAUGGCAUCAAGCAGGCUGAUGUUGUACUACUGGGGUUCCCGCUGCAGUAUCCUAUGAAUGAAUCUACGAGGGUGAACGACUUGUCUUACUACGAGUCAGUAACUCGCGGCAGCGGACCCGCAAUGACAUGGAGCAUGCACGCCGUGGGACAUCUGCGCAUAGGAGACAGCCAUCGCGCCGAAAAAAUGUUCAAUAAGAGCUAUAAUGCUUACGUAAGGGAACCUUUUAAGGUUUGGAGCGAGCUACGUCGCCCCGAUGUAGGCGCUGUGAACUUCCACACAGGUAUGGGCGGGUUCAUGCAGGCACUGAUGUUCGGAUACGCCGGUGUUAGCGUGUACUUAGACAGACUGGAGAUCAACCGGCCCCAGCUGCCGCCGCAGACCACCAGGUUGAAGAUAAGAGGUAUAAAAUAUCUCGGAGCAAAUCUGACUCUGGACAUAGACAAGGAUGACGUUGGCCUGACGGUCACCAGCAUUGAUGACAAUUGGCCGCUGCUCAUCAACAAUGGAAAGUACAAUGUCACACUUGUACCAGGAUUGACAGUGACAUUAUCAGGAGACGGACCCUUCACAAUACAUUCCAGGCAAUGGAAGGACUGCAAGGUUCCAGCUGACGUCAUCGGACUGAGCUACCUUAGACCUAUCGGAACUUAAGUACUAUCCGAAAUCUUACAGUAAAAUACCAAAGAAAAUACGACAAUUUUGCUUGCGAUCUAAAUAAUAAUAUUUUAUUUUAUAUUAAAUUCAUUGAAUUGAGAGUAGAUCUAUGAGAUCCUAGUCAUUUAUCACAUAAAUAAUAUCAAAUAAAAAUUCGUUUUAAUGUAAAAAAAUGUAUU